AUGGCGCAGAGCGCUGUAGGGUCGUAUUCGAACCCUUUGAAGAAAUUCAAGCUUGUCUUUUUGGGCGAACAGAGUGUCGGCAAGACGUCUCUCAUCACGCGAUUCAUGUAUGAUUCCUUCGACACGACCUACCAGGCCACCAUCGGCAUCGACUUCCUCUCCAAGACUAUGUACCUAGAAGACCGCACCGUCCGACUACAGCUUUGGGACACGGCCGGCCAAGAGCGAUUUCGCUCGCUCAUUCCGUCAUACAUCCGAGACUCAUCAGUCGCCGUUGUGGUCUACGAUAUUUCGUCCAAGAAGACCUUUGAACAGACGAGAAAAUGGAUAGACGAUGUUCGCGGUGAAAGAGGCAACGAUGUGAUUGUGGUUCUGGUCGGCAACAAGACGGAUCUGGGUGAUAGCAAGCGAGAGGUCACCACACAGCAAGGUGAAGAAGAGGCCAAAAGAGCAGGCGCCAUCUUCAUGGAAACGAGUGCUAAGCUCGGACAUAAUGUGAAAGCCCUUUUUAAGAGAAUAGCCCAGGCAUUGCCAGGGAUGGAGGGCGAAGAUCAGACCCAACCUAAUCCGCAAGUCAUUGAUGUGGCGGUCAACAACCAGAAGCAGGCCGAUGAUGGUUGCGCGUGUUGA